ACGCCCUGGACCCCCCCUCAAGGACCCCUGGAGGGUCACCGGACCCCACUUUGAGAACCACUGGCCUAAUAUUCCCAUAAUCAUCAUUUAGCUACAACACAGAACAGGCUUCAGCGGCAGGAUAACGUGCGGCACCACGAUGGCUAACGUUGCCGCUCAUUUCAGGGAAGCCACAGAGCAGCACCUGGGGCCUGAUCUGAAGUUUUACUGUGUGCGUGUUCGUGCGGUGGUGAUGACACGUGAUGACUCCAGUGGCGGUUGGGUGCCCCUUGGAGGUGGCGGCUUCAGUGAUGUGGUCAUAUGUAAGGGGCGGAGUCAUGACGGAAGGGGGCGGAGAGAAUACAUCAUACGUGGAGAACGGCUGCGAGAUCGAGCAGUGAGUGUCCAGUGUUGGAGUGUGCGGUACAAAGGGGGUUAGUGUACAACAAGGUGAACCCGAUCUUCCAUCACUGGCGAGUAGAGGAU